GCACAAUAGAGUUCAUCCGAUUCCACCCAAGUGCUUGGAUUGAUCAAUUGGUUUGUUAUCAUCACUGUUUUCUUUGCCCCAGAACCACGUCGUCUCAUCACAUCGGCUCAGCCUCUAUGAGACUGCUUUGCUGGCUCAGAGCCACUGCGUCAACUGUUUCUACCAAAUGUAUCAACAGUGGGAGCCACUGCCAGAUCCAGACAAACCUAACUGCCCGUAUAUCCCGGGCUUUGAAGUGGAUAUCAGAAAUCACGUCCCUCCACCACCCUUUGGCAACCGUCUCUACCCCUCGGAACCGCGACCGCCCAUAAAUGACGAGUGGUUACGAUCCGCCACGCAGACCAAGCAAGUCUUGACGUAUCCGCCGCUCGAGACACCUCCGCCAUUACAAUAUGAAGUUGCGCGGCUGACUGUAACGAAAGCGCUGGCCAGUGGAGAUUCUCGAGGCGCCCAGGUACUGGUCUGCUCAAUUCAGAAACCAAAUGCAGACCCUUUCACAGCUGUUGCCAAGAUUUUCGACCCACUUUACUAUUCAUCUGUAACCGACAUUGCCUGCUGCCCUAUCGAAGUUGUUGAUCUUGCCGAUGGACAUUACAGUCGAGAAGCAGCUGCAUAUGAGUUUCUCCAAAAACUUGGCCAAACUGGAUCCUUUGCGCCCGAAUAUUUCGGCUCGCCUAUCCGGCUUAUUCUCAUCGAGCAUCUUGCGGGCGCGUGUCUGAGAGAUUUGUUUGUUGAAAACAGACCUGCUCAAAUUGAUGCUUCACACCUUAGUGUGCAGUAUCGCUUGCGGGCUCUAGCAAUGCUGCUGGAUGGCGUUGUUAGGCAGCAUCACGCAGGUCUCAGCCAGCGAGACCUUGCACCACGAAACGUGAUCAUCCUGCCUCAUCCUGAUGAGUGUUUAGAUGAUACGAGCCCAAAGCGAGUGGUACUUAUAGAUUAUAACAUCUCGCUCAUCUGGGAACUAUCAACAUAUGGGAAACUACCUUUUCAGCUUGCCAAGCUGCCCCAGAACCCAAUGCAGCAGAACUGGAAAAAUCCACUAAUUGACUUUGGAGGCUGGACUCCGCCAGAAUGGUGCCAUAACCUCCGGCUUCAUCAAGAGUGGUUGGUUCAGGAAUAUGGAGGGGAGAAAGCCGUUUUGUACGAGCCUGUCGAGGAACAGCUUGAGUUUUCAGAGUAG